UGACGCUGGGCGGAAUGGAGUCUGUCUGCGAAGGGAGCGUUCAGCUGCUCAAGCAGACCCGUUCGGAUUUUAUCGUCCAUAUUGGUGUAUUCUCCGUAGAUUUUCGACGAGAAGAACUUGAAAUUUUAGCUGCUGAGCUUCAUCUGGACUUCGUGGCGGAAUGUUUUUCUAAGGAUAGCAAGAAUGCGCAGCAGCCGCAGUGCGCCUCAUUAAAAGAUCGGCACCACAACCGCAAAAAGAUGCUGAAAGCCGUUUCGGAACUAUCAAAAGUAUGGGACAGCGAAGGUCUACCAGUGAAGAUUCUGGUUUCGCGGAAGCAGACGAGUAACAACGGACAGAGCCAGACGUCUCGCAACACCUGCACCCGGAAUAGUAAAUCACCUGUAGACAUCAUUGCAGUCGUCGCAAGUCGACAGCAGGCCGUCGAGAUUGGUUUCUUCUGUGUGCAGGGCACACAGACGGUCCUGGGUCUCGCGAAGAUCCAGGAAGUGUACAAUCGCCUGCGGGGCUGUCGACUGUCGACCAAGCUUUUUCGUCGCCGCGUGGAGGUGGUGGUCCCGGUGGCGGCUUUGCAGCGCAACGUUUUUGUGCGGCCGCACGAACUGCACGACACCACUCCUCCGUCCAGUACGUGCGCGAGCAGCACCAGUUCUGGCGGCGACGCCAACACCGGUGGGCACACUGCGGCUCCCCCGGACGAGCACUCCGAGAAUCAACAUCGCAGGAGCACUACUUGCGACACCCGAGCCAGUUCCACGCAUAGUGCGGCGCACAGUGAGAGGCGUGAAACGCACUUUCACAGCGCGGAUGGGAGCAGCCGUAUUUCCGUAGGUGAUGAAAAGGGCGUCAUUGUCGCGGAUGUUGAAAAGGAGAUGAACAGAGAUUCCAGUGACAGGUCGACGCCUUUGCACGAACCGAGUCUGCGUUUAGCGCAACUGGAGGAGCAGCACCGCUCGGAAAAGUUUUCCGUUUCCCACCCCGUAUCGUGUGGAACCUUGGACAGUAGAUACAGCCCGCACGCAACGCUGCGCCACAACGCCGCGGGAGUUGCUUCCGAGAGGAAUAGUAGCUGGACCACUGCUCCUGCUGAUCAGGAUGCUCGUCGGCAAUCGAGGCAUAAUUUCAGGGGCGAAGUAUCACAGCAAAACUUGCUCCCGCGAACCACCAACGUGGAGUCGCUCUUUGAGUACUGGUUGGAAGUGGAAAGCAAGUCGGGGGCGCUUGAACCAAACGAGUGGUUUUGCGUGUCAGAUGAGGAGACGGGGGAAGCCAUCGGGUUGCGGCGUUUUCAGAUGGACCUGUGGGGCAAGCGUUUGCAGGACUGCACCGUUUUCGCGAACAACGUCGUCGCACCGAUUUCUUUCUCGUCCAUCUCUGCCAACAAAAGUCUUCUGGCCCAGACCAGUGCGAACUUCAAGUCGCAAAAGCAAAGUACUAAACACGUGCACAACAAUUCGAAAACGCACUACGAAAGCUGCGGUUUAGCGCCCCCGGCCAUGUCGCUGCGGCACGGGCUCCGCUGGACCUUGGACGGGAAGCGUGUGCAGACCGAAACGUUUCAGAGGUUUUACGGAAAUCGCACGAAUUCUGCAUUUUUCUCGGCGGCGCCGGGCCCGCACGGACGCCGUGGUGCAGCUGCUGACGGCAAUCAGGAGGAGGUUCCAGUCGUUGUGUACUCCUUGAGCUUCUCGUUGGCAAUGAAAAUGAAGUUGGGCACUCUGAGUGGGCGCCGUGUGGCGCCGGAGAAACAGAACAAGGUGAACCGCAGGAAGAACUUAGCAUCAACCGCCGCAGGUCCCAGCUGUAUGGGUUCUACGAGCAAUGUCACGACCUCCUGCAGUAGCAAAAUUCGGACCGGUGUGCUCGGUUCCCUGGAGGAGUGGAAGCGUCACAACCAGCGGACAAGUGCGGUGUCAGUGAAGAACACCUUUUACGACUUCCAUGACGCAACCUGUUACAACAACCCGAGCGAUCACGGGAUGGAGACGGCGCUCGUAGAUGUUGAGAGGCCGAAUUUUCGUGCGGCCGCGGCGAACCGGAGCUGCAGCACGCCAGCGCGUUUUGUGUACAAGGAGAGUAUGUUCGCCGCCAACGGGGAAUCCGAUCGGGAUCCGCUCUGCGUGUGGUUCCAGCAGCAGACCUCCUUUCUGGCGGUCCGCACCGUGCUGCUCUCGUCCCGGAAGGUGUUCUACGAGUAUCCCCCACCACAGAUCGCCUUCGACCGCACUACCGGGUUCAAGCAGUGGGUGCACUCGCACAUCCACUUCAUUCUUUUCGUCGUCAAGGUGCUUCAAAUGCCCGAACUGUUCCUGCUGCUCUGGAAGGCCGGAUUCCAACCCGUCGCCAACCUGACCUUCCCCUCCAUCUCCAACGCGGCCAAGGCCUGGAAGGAGGCGUGUGCGGAACUGCUCCUGCUACAGAAGGACCGAAAAAGCUGCAUCGACAUAUGCGAACAGAACAGCCCCGCUCGGGCGCGAAAAGACGACGGAAAAAGUUCUUGUCCAAACAAGACUGGGUGCUGGAACAAAGAAAAACAAGUGACAGAGGAGAGUUCGUUACAGUCUCGCAUCCUGGCCGUGCAGAAGCGCAUGCGGUCGCAGGGCCUGGAGCCGAUCAACCGGGAGUUCUGGUGGAAUAUGGACGCCCAGAUGAUAAUAUCAAAUGUAAAAAUGUCUGGGUCUGGAAGAAUGCAACUUGUCAUGCUAGAGCUGAAGCAUGCAAAAAUUUGUGUAUCAUGAGUGCCAAAAGCUGUCCACUUCCGACCAAGUUGGGAGGGAGUUUCUCAUGCAGGAUAGGCAUGAGGGAGACCUCCCAGACUCAGUCAUGCUAGGUCCCGCAUUCCAGACCUCAAGGGUCAUGGAAAACCUGCAUGACAAGUUCACACUCUUCCAGGCCCAGACACUUUUGCAUUUGAUAGAUAACCGGGGUGCUGCACGUCACGCACGCACCGCAUCUGUUGCGGAGCGGGUACUGUCAGGAGGGCGAAAUAACCGAAUGCAACAGUUCGGUUCUUUCGGAGGAGGACCACGAACUACUAGAGGAAGACAACCUUGGUCCAACCACAGCAGCACCGAGCAACUGUGAAGAUAUUGAAUCCAGUGGGGUGGAAAACAAAAGAGUUGUACUAGAGCGGGACGAUGAUUUUGAACCCGUGGACGGUCGCGAUGAAGGAGACAUGUUGAUACAGACGACGACAAGUGAAUCGACUUUCACUUUCGGGGGCGCACUUCAUCGACGCAGGAGCAGAAAAAGCUCCUGUGAUCUUCAUCAUGCCGUGCAUGCAGACGGCCACCUGUCCGACGAUGCUGGUGACGCGGACGCCUCCGGGGCCGCGCCGGGAAUAAUGAGGACACGAUCCUCGCCACCCAGCGAGGAGAGGAGAACAAGACAGGAAGUGGGCAAGGACGACCUUGGCACAAACAUGCCCACCCCCAACGGAGCGUACUACGCAGGCCGGAGCAGCGCGGGGGAGAAGCGGGACAGAAUCGAACUGCGGUACACCAACGGCAACCACGUCAAGAAUGGACAACACCGCAAUUUAUCAACCAGCACUUCUGGGAACGACGAUGCAGGCGCUCCGUCGGGGCAUCGUGGUGCUCGCUCGAGGUGCUCUAAACCGCGAGGACAGGAGCAGGAGGGGCAAGCAAGCCAGCAAGUAGUUGAUGGAACUACAACGCGGAAGCACCGCUCUAGCCAACGGCCCGCCCAGCCGCUCCUGGAGCGGCACGCCAUCGUGACAGACGUCGCCCAGGCGACCCACUCGCGGCUGCUGCGCGGGAUUCCGGAGCACGUGUCGGUGCGGUUCAUUCUGCGGAAGGUGGGCGAGGGGUUGGAGGCGGUCCACAAGGCGUACGCAGACCUGAAAACGCACAAUGCGAUGUACGUGCCUCUGGUCGACGACGAGGACGAUGACGGGAACACUUCGGCCGACAAAAGUCCGCGCGGACAGCAGUCCGGAGGGGCCUCGCAACAGCCCGCCAAGCCCGCGGGCCCGACCACCGCACAGAUUACAAGUUUUCGGGAGAAGGGCUUCCACGAGGGGGUUGAAAUCGAGUACCACCGGCGGCGGGAGGCGGGGCGCGCCGGGCUGCUCUGCACGAAAAAAGAGAUCGCAGACUCGUUUUCGGUUUUCAUGGACGAAUUCGGCAACAUUUACUACAUAUGCGGUAAAAACUUUUACUCGAACAACCCCUUUUUAGGUGGACUAUCCAAAAUGGGCUUUUUAAGCUGUUGA